AUGCCUCUGUGCGGCCACCUCCUGCCCGCCGUGGUCAUGCUCCUGGCAGGAUCCCCCGGCUGGGCCUGGGUGCCCAACCACUGCAGGCCCCCCCGCGAGGCUGUGUGCAACUUCGUGUGUGACUGCAGGGGCUGCCCCGACGAGGCGCAGUGUGGUUACCACGGGGUCUCUCCCAGCCCGGGCACCCCCUUCACCUGCGACUUCGAGCAGGACUCCUGUGGCUGGCGGGACAUCAGCACCGCGGGCUACCGCUGGCUCCGAGACCGCGCGGGCGCGUCACCGGAGGGGCCGGGGCCGCGCGCAGACCACACUCUGGGCACCGACCUCGGCUGGUACACGGCGGUCGGCACACACCGCGGGAGGGAGACGGCCACCGCGGCCCUGCGCUCCCCGGUUCUGCAUGAGGCCGCCCCCACCUGCGAGCUGAGGCUCUGGUACCACGCAGCCUCAGGAGAUGUGGCCGAGCUGCGGCUGGAGCUGACCCACGGUGUGGAGACACUGACCCUGUGGCGGAGCGCAGGGCCCUGGGGCCCAGACUGGCAGCAGCUGGUGGUGCCCACUGGCCGCAUCCGGGGCGCCUUCAGGGUGACCUUCUCUGCCACGCGAAAUGCCACCCACAGGGGCACCGUGGCCUUGGAUGAUGUGGCCUUCUGGCGCUGCGGGCUGCCCACCCCCCAGGCGCACUGCCCCCUGGGGCACCACCGUUGCCGGAGCGAGGCCUGCGUGGAGCCCCCCCAGCUGUGUGACGGGGAGGACAACUGCGGGGACCGCUCGGAUGAGGAUGCAGCCCCCUGCCGACACUACGUAGCCACGGAUUUUGAGAUGGGCCUCGGCCUGUGGAACCACUCAGAGGGCUGGACCCGGAACCGCAGUGCCAGCGGCCCUGGGCACCCCACCUGGCCACGCGGUGACCACACCUGGAAUAGCGCACAGGGCUCCUUCCUCGCGUCCGUGGCCGAUCCCAGCGCCCCAGCGGUCCUGUCCAGCCCCGAGUUCCAGGCCUCGGCCCCCCACAACUGUUCGCUCAUCUUCUAUCACUACCUGCAUGGGUCUGAGGCUGGCUGCCUCCAGGUGUUCCUACAGACAGGGAGCCCUGCAGCCCCCCAGCCCCCUGUCCUGCUGCGCAGGCGCCAAGGGCAGCUGGGGGCCGCCUGGGUCCGAGACCGAGUUGACAUCCAGAGCAAGCACCGCUUUCGGAUCUUCCUGGCUGGGCAGACAGGCCCUGGGGGCGUCGUGGGCCUGGACGACCUCAUCCUGUCCGACCACUGCAAGCUAGUCCCAGAGCCGGCCGGCCCCCCUCCUGGACUCUGGGCCCCCAGCCCCUGGACCCAGCCGUCCAGCCUGCAGCCUCGGAGCUUCUGCGAGCCCGGACACUUCUUCUGUGGGGAGCUGUGUGUUCCCCCGGAGCAGCUGUGUGACUUCCAGGAGCAGUGCCCGGGGGGCGAGGACGAGCAGGAGUGCGGCACCACGGACUUCGAGUCACCCUCAGGCGGGGGCUGGGAGGACGCCAGCGUGGGGCGGCUGCAGUGGGUGCGCCUCCCGGCCCCAGACUGGGGCGGGCCGGGCCCGGAUGCCCGCGGGGCUGCUGGACACUUCCUGGCCGUGCAGAGGGCCUGGGGACAGCUGAGUGAGGAGGCCCGGGUGCUCACACCCAUCCUGGGCCCCUCGGGCCCCCGCUGCGAGCUCCGCCUGGUUUACCAUCUUCAGAGUCACCCCCGAGAGGUCUCCUGUAACUUUGAGCGGGGGACCUGUGGCUGGCACAGCGGCCACCUCACAGAUGCCCAGUGGCGCCGGGUUGGGAGCCGUGGCCCGAGGUACGACCACACCACGGGCCAAGGCCACUUCGUGCUCCUGGACCCCACGGACCCCCCCGCCCGGGGCCCCGCUGCCCACCUGCUCACCCAGCCCCAGGCGCCCACAGCCCCUCAGGAGUGUCUCUCCUUCUGGUUCCACCUCUACGGUCCCCAGAUCGGGACUCUGCGCCUGGCGAUGAGGCGAGAAGGGGAGGCAGAAACGCACUUGUGGUUCCGGUCUGGCACCCACGGCAAUCGCUGGCACGAGGCCUGGGCCACCCUCCACCACCCGCCGGACGCGGGCAAGUACCAGCUGCUGUUUGAGGGCCUCCGGGACGGGUAUCAUGGCAGCAUGGCGCUGGACGACGUGGCCCUGCGGCCCGGGCCCUGCUGGGCCCCCCGGCGCUGCUCCUUUGAGGACUCGGCCUGUGGCUUCUCCACGGGGGGCCGGGGCCUCUGGACACGCCAGGCCAACGCCUCAUGGGGCCCCGACGCUGACCACACCACGGAGACAGCUCAGGGUCACUACAUGGUGGUGGACAUGAGCCCGCAGGGCUUGCCCCGUGGCCACGCGGCCUUGCUGACCUCGGAGGAGCACCGCCCCCUGCUGCAGCCCGCCUGCCUGACCUUCUGGUACCACCUGAGCCUCCGCAACCCGGGCACCCUGAAGGUCCAUGUGGAGGAGGCCGGCAGGCAGCAGGCGCUCAGCGUUAGCUCUCGCGGAGGGGCCGCCUGGCGCCUGGGCAGUGUGGAUGUGCAGGCCGGGCGGGCCUGGAAGGUGGUGUUCGAGGCGGUGGCCGCCGGCGUGGAGCACUCCUAUAUGGCGCUGGAUGACCUGCUCCUCCAGGACGGGCCCUGCCCCCCGCCAGCUUCCUGUGACUUUGAGGCUGGUCUAUGUGGCUGGAGCCACGUGCCCCGGCCCGGUCUGGGCGGGUACAGCUGGGACUGGGGCAGCGGCGCCUCGCCCUCCCGCUACGCGCAGCCCCCCGUGGACCACACGCUCGGCACAGAGGCAGGCCACUUUGCCCUCUUUGAGACCAGCAUGCUGGGCCCCGGGGGCCGAGCGGCCGGGCUCGUCAGCCAGCCUCUGCCGCCCACCACGGCCUCCUGCCUGCGCUUCUGGUACCGCAUGGACUUCCCCGAGCACUUCCACCAGGGCGAGCUGAGGGUCCUCCUGAGCAGCGUGCAGGGGCAGCUGGCCGUGUGGGGCGCGAGCGGGCGCCGGCGGCAUCAGUGGCUGGAGGGCCAGGUGGACGUGGCCAGCGCCGCGGAGUUUCAGGUCGUGUUUGAAGCCACGCUGGGCGGCCAGCCGGCCGUGGGGCCCAUUGCCCUGGACGACGUUGAGUACCGGGCUGGGCAGCGGUGCGGGCUGCCCACACCCAGCCAGGGGGACGGGGCGGUGGCCACGUUGGUGCCGGCCGCGGUCGGCGGCGCCCUCCUCCUCCUCGUGCUGCUGCUGCUGCUCGGGGUUGCGGGCCAGCGCUGGCUGCAGAAGAAGGGGAGCUGCCCCUCCGGGGGCGAGAUGGACACCAUGGCCCCCGGCUUCGACAACAUUCUCUUCAGUGCGGACCGCGUCACCCUGCCAGCAUCAGUCACCAACGGCCAGUAGACGACCCAGAGAAGACCCCAGCUCUUCACAUGAGUUCACCCGCCACUGGGACCCCAGCCCAGGGACCAACACCUGCCCCCGCAAUACAUUGAGCUC